GUGUGUGUGUGUGUGUGUUUCAGAGCCAGCGGUGGCCAGCUGUAUCCAGCGCCCUGUGGACCUUGUGUUCAUGCUGGACGGGUCAGAGAGGAUGGGAGUGGAGAACCACCGCCGUGCCAAGGAGUUCAUUGAGAACGUGGCGCGCCGCCUCACCCUGGCCAACGGCGAAUCAGACAACAGGAACGCCCGCAUCGCCCUGCUGCAGUACGGCGGCCAGUCAGAACAGAGGGUGGAGUUUUCGCUCACGCACAAUCUGACGGUGAUCGCUGAUUCGCUGGCAGGGAUGAGCUACAUGGACUCCGCCUCCUCUCUGGGCAGCGCCAUCAUACACGCUGUCAACAACCUGGUGAUGUCACAGGGCAGUCGCCUGGCACGUCGUAACGCUGAACUGUCCUUCGUCUUUAUCACCGAUGGCAUCACCGCGGGCGACAGCCUGGAGGAGGGUGUCUCAGCCAUGCGGCGGGCCGAGGGUAUGCCCACGGUGAUCGCCAUGGGGACCGACACGGACCAGGAAGUGCUGAGGAAGGUUGCCCUGGGAGACACGUCGGCCAUCUUCAGAGGAGAGGACUACGCCACGCUGGGGAAACCCACCUUCUUCGAACGCUUCAUCCGCUGGGUCUGCUAAUGAGCUAACCAGCUCGUUAGAGCUAACGAGCUGUGUUCUAACGAGCUGUUAAAGCUGCAGUCCGUAAGAAUCUUUUCAGUUAUGAAAAAUAAACAAAAAGGUGUUCUCUGGGUUUUGAAUUAAAGUCAUAUGGUGCUCUGUGGUCAUAUGGUGCUCUGUGGUGCUCUGUGGUUUUAGCAAAAUGGCAGAACUUGGAAGCUAAACUUCUAGCUCGUCCGAAAGACACAAGAGACUCCAGAUUGUUGAAUCUUUUAAAUUAGUUAAAUGACAGAUUCCACCAUUAACUAGAUAAGCGCAAACAACCAAAGCCUCUCUUAUCAGAGAGUUACUGAUAUUGAAUGUGUAAGAUGUUGCAGCUGUAGGUCCAUUGUUGUUGUUGAUUUUUGUAUUGUGUUUCUAUAAGAGAUCCCUCUCUGUGAGGUCUGUAUCAGUACGUCUGUAUUUUACACUAAAUGUGAUAUUCUAGUGGAAGGAGUUACACACAGUGUCAAUGUCUGACAAAACAGUCUUCACUUUUCAGACAGUAUUAACUUUUCACACAGUCUUAACUUUUCAAACAGUCUUAACUUUUCAAACAGUCUUAAGUUCAAAAACAGUCUUAAGUUUAAAUGGCUUUGACUUACAAAGUUGUAUGUUUUCAGUGAAAGUGUCUCUUAUCUGUUAUUAUUCUAGAUCAGACAGUCAUUUAGACAUCACACACACAGAUCGGCAGUUACAUAUAUCCAACACACCUACACCUAUACCCAACACACACACACACACACACACACACACACACACACACACACACACACACACACACACACACACACACACACACACACACACACACACACACACACACACACAGAGAAACACAAACACACACGCUUACACACACUAAACACACACACAAAUCACACUGAAAAUGCAUUUGUUGUAAACUGAAAAUUAUGUAAUAAAGCCAGCUGUGGUGUAACCAGA